AGCCAGUGCUCUUAACCGCUGAGUCAUCUCUUCAGCCCCCUUAUUUAUUUUUCUUAAACUCUUAAGUGAAACUUCUAAUUCUGGCCAUGCUGUUUCAGUUAAGUAUGUUUUAGCCCCAAUAUCAUACAAUUGAGUGACAGAGGCAGAAAUACCUGCUCUUACUAACCCUAAAUCAGGUCCAAGAGUCCUGAUGGUCUCCUUGCUGUUCCCUGCUGCCCCUGGACAGGAUGUUCCUUCACCCUUCAUCAGCCUGGCUUUGACCUGCAGGCACAUCACCAGCAUAGCAACAGCAGGCAUGGCCAGUGUGGAUCAGCGUGAGGGCACCAUCCAGGUGCAGGGCCAGCGCCUUUUCUUCCGAGAGGUAUGGCCUGGCAGUGGGCAGGCUGCUCGCUUCUCUGUGCUGCUGUUGCAUGGUAUCCGCUUCUCCUCUGAGACCUGGCAGAACCUGGGUACUCUGCAUAGGCUGGCCGAGGCUGGUUAUCGGGCUGUGGCCAUUGACUUACCAGGUCUUGGGCACUCCAAGGAAGCAGCAGCUCCUACCCCUAAUGGGGAGCUGGCCCCUGGCAGCUUCCUAGCAGCAGUGGUGGAUGCCUUGGAGCUGGGCCCCCCAGUUGUGAUUAGUCCAUCAUUAAGUGGCAUGUAUGCCUUGCCCUUCCUCACUGCCUCUGGCUCCCAGAUCCGGGGCUAUGUACCAGUGGCUCCCAUCUGCACAGACAAAAUCAAUGCUGCUGACUAUGCCAAUGUGAAGACUCCAACUCUGAUUGUAUAUGGAGACCAGGACCCCAUGGGUUCCACCAGCUUUCAACACCUGAAGCAGCUGCCCAACCACAGAGUGCUGGUCAUGAAGGGGGCAGGGCACCCCUGUUACCUGGACAAGCCUGACGAGUGGCAUACGGGGCUGCUGGACUUCCUGGGGGGCCUAGCAUGAGACCCAGUCCUGCUGAUGGGGAUGUGCUGCCUACCUGCCGGCAUUGGCAUCUCUGGGUUUGCCUGCUCCCUUUCCUGGCUUCUAGCUCCUGAUGUACAUGCAACAGGUCUGUCUAUGCAUCUAUCUGGGUUCUUGUCUUUUGGGUCUGUCUUUUCUGCUUUUCUCUUGUAGUGACAGAAUGAAGAAGUAAAAUCAAGAUGAAAAACCCUAAGGAUUCAAGGGGAGAAAUCUGGUGCUGGGUAAUCCACGAGCUUCACUUACAGGCCCCUUGCCUUCCCCUCUGCUUCCUUCUUCAGCUGCCCUGCGGGCCAGUCAUCCUCUCUACUCUUCUAAGGCCACAGACACAUACAUGACCACAUGCAUGUUUAGAGCCAUCAUGCUCCAAACAGGACCCUUCCCUUGGGAGACCAGCACACAGGUCCACGUGACUUGGACUGGCAUGCACAUUCAUGCGCAGCUCUGUGUAGUGUGCUUGCGCAGGUAUAUGUGCACUUCCAACGGUGCAGCCUUUCCCCUUCACGGGAACUGGGAACCUCCUCAUGGGCCAGCCUUUAGGGCACUGGCUUACUAGGAUUAGGAUGCAGGCCAGCCCUCGAUUCCAUUCACCCACAGGUUGCAACUGGUCCCAGCCUGAAAUUGCUUCCUCAGAAGGGGAGGUGCACCCCUCUGCCUUUCAGAUCGCCCUGCUUUUCUUUUCCCCUUCCUUCUGGGGGCUACAACCUCCCCAGGUUGCCAAGCCUGGGUCUUCUCGGCCCAGUUUGUUUCCUGCUAUGAGGCUUGAGGGUGGGGUGGGGAGACAGACUGGAAGUCCGUGAAAUAAAGUGAUGCAAUUAGA